AUGAAACCGAGUUCCACCGCCCUCGUACUCAGCAUGGCCGUCCUCGGCCAGUGCGACGGCCAAGACACAACGGCUACUCUAUGCACCAAAUAUGUGCCUGGUUCUGUGCAGUCGUCGACCAACAGCACCACCACAACCAGCACCAGCUGCACAUCUGCACAGUACGGGCCGCCAGCGGCCCCGUCCGCGGAUACUUACACCAGUGGCUUUGUCGAGUACACAUUCUCUGCAACCCCAGCGAUCGGGACUGGUAGUGCAAGCACCUCCUGCACCUCUAUAAAUAGCGAAACAUCAUCAGUGGUGGUGCCGACCAACGCUACCAUCUUUCCAACGACCAACAGCACCAGCACCAGCAUCCUCCUCGGCCCAUCGGCCACCCGCCGCGCUUCGCCUACGGGUGCCGCGAACACGACCAGCGAGACGACCGUCGCGGACUCUGCCGAGGACGACGACGGCAAGCCCGACCUCGGCUUCGACGCCUUCCGCACGCUCUUCGACACCCUGCCCCCCGCCCCUUGGGGCUGGAAACGCCUCCCCGAGCCCGGGAACUUCGUCACAAACCCGCCCUACGAGUUCAAGGACGCCGUCUGCACCGGCGACCUCGUCGAGCCCUUCGAGGAGCGCCGCGCCACGCGGCACCUCGAGUGGUUCUGCAACCGCUGGAUCAUGCCGCGAAAGCGCCUCUUCUCCAGCACGGCCGGCAGGGCGACCAUCUACAUAUGCCUGUACGGCGACGGCCAGCCGGCCAACUGUAGCCUGGGCCUGUGGCGCGCGGCGAGCGCGGCCAUCGACCGCGAGUGCGGCGUCGGCGUGACGGGCUACGUGCACCUGGAUAAGAUGCGCUUGGGCAGGGACAUGCCGGACAACAGGGUCCUGCUGUGCGAGAACCUCCAUUGGUCGCCGCUGUUUCAGUACCACAACUACUGGCGCCACGAGCCGGUUCUGGUGGACGACCGCCCGUACAAGGAGUGGCGCAUCCUGAACAACAGGAGGCUGUUGAAGAAGGAGUCUGAGCCGGAAGAUAUUAACGAGGGAAACGACGCCGAUUCGAUAACUUAG